GAAAUAAUAAAAAAAAAUUGUUAAUUUGUUAGUCUUGGUUUAUUUUGUCAUGGUUAUUACACAAUAUCCAAAAGUCUGACUAGAAAUAUCAGUAGCUUUUAAAAUUAAUGUAUAAUUUUCAGAUAUCUACAAAUUUUUGUUUGCCAUCACUGUUAUGAAGUAUUGAAAUGAGUUAUGAAGUCGCAAUAUUAUCACUGUGCAAUAAUAUUUUUAUUUAAACUUAUAGUUUACAGCAUAGCAUCUCAAAAUGAUGAUGACCAUGAUUUAUCAUUCUCUAAACAGAAGCAAAAAUCAAUUCAAACUACAAAUUUAAAUAAUUCAACACAUCUCAGGAUGAUACGUCACGAAGAUGAUUUGGAACGUAUAGUCUCUGAACACAAAGCUUGUUCAAGUAUGCCAUAUUCAAGUAUCAGUUGUCAUAUGAAUACAACAUGUGUGUAUGGGAAUCAAACAAUAGCCAUAUGCAAAGCCAAUGUGGAUUGUCUGGGUGAAAAUACAUUUGCUAAAAACUUGACUUGUCGGUUUUGUUAUCAGACUGAGUUUUGGGAAUAUGAAUGUGUGAAAAAAGUUUGUAACUCUGCUGCUUCUCCACCAGCUUUUUACAGGGCUAAUUGUACAGUUAACAGAGAUGUUUUGUGUUUGGGAAGAAGAACAUUUUUAAAAAGAUUGCGCUGCAAUUGGACAGGUGGUCAUCGGUGGUCUACUGCUUUAAUUUUGAGUAUUACACUUGGAGGAUUUGGUAUAGAUAGGUUUUACUUGGGACAUUGGCAAGAAGGCAUAGGCAAACUAUUCAGUUUUGGAGGUCUUGGUGUUUGGACACUUAUUGAUGUAUUAUUAAUAUCUAUUAGAUACCUUGGUCCGGCAGAUGGUUCUCUAUACUUAUAAGAAAAUGUUUAAAUAUUGGUUGUUUUUAAAUUUGCAUUGAUGUAAAUAAUUUAAAAUUAUUAAAAAUAUUCUAUUUUGUUAA